UCACGUGAUCCCGCGCCCAUAGUCGCCAUCUUGAAGCGGUGCUUCUACCGAAAAGAAGGAGGGAGGAAAAAGCACUUUCGCCUCUCUGCUUAUUCUUGGGGGCAGGUAUUAUGGAAGAAGGAAGCAACAUCACAGCAUUAGUCUCAAGCACUGGGGAACAGGAAGCUGUAGUGAUUUCUGAGGCUAUCCUCAGUUCAUCCUUGGAAAGCGAUGAAGACCAAAGGAAGUGUAAUCCUGAUCCGCUAAUCCAGGUCAUCCAAAAACUAAGCAAAAUUGUUGAGAACGAGAAGUCCCAGAAAUGCCUUCUGAUAGGGAAGAAACGUUUACAUUCGGAAGCCGCUGUGCUUUCAGCUGACUCGCAAGACCUCCCAGAGAUCCCAGCUAAAACAGUUGAAUUGCCGGCCCUGGGUACAAUAAAUAUUGAAGACUAUUACAUGACUGACUGUCCUCCGCUGAGUAAGAGGAAAGUGGUUUGCUACCAGUGUAGCCUUUGCAAGUCUCUCUCUCCGUCUCUCCAUCUUUUAAAAGAACACCUGAAACAACAUGGUCAGCAGAAUGAGGUAAUACUCAUGUGUUCCGUAUGUAACUUUGCCACUAUAAGCCUAGAAGAAUUUGAAGCUCACGUGAGAUGUCACUCAGACAGCGAUGACAAAAACCUUGCUCCAUCAAAGGAACAGCAGUGUAUGAGUCUCUCUGGUACUGCUCCACAUGGACCAGUGGAAAAUUUUGUCAAAACAGGCCCUGAUCCAGCAGCACAGCUUCAGCCUACUCCUCUGACAGAGAAGGGGAGGCAAAAAUGGUACACUUACGAGCAAUACGGUAUGUACCGAUGCUUAAUUUGUAGCUACACUUGUGGUCAGCAAAGGAUGUUGAAAACACAUGCCUGGAAGCAUGCCGGUGAAGUCGAUUGCUCGUAUCCCAUAUUUGAAGAUGAAAACGAGCAAGCCGCGUUACCAGAUUCCACUGUGGCGGGCGUUCCUCACAAUGUCAACACCGUUGUCCUCGCACUAGAAAAUAACAAACUUGAUCUCUGCAGCGACCAGGCAGUUCAGCUCCAUCUGUGCAGCCCAGAGCAAACAACGUACAAGUCGUCACCUGUAGAAGAAACUGUAAAACAGGAAGCAGAUGCGAGUCAGUCAGCUCCGCUUUCUCCCCAAGGAAAGCUCUUAGACGAGGCUAUGUUGGAUACUGAUCUGGAACAAGAUAAUUCGGUAAGCGAUAGCCUGCUGUCAUCGGCCCAGAAGAUCAUUAACUGUAGCCCAAAUAAGAAAGGCCACGUCAACGUCAUAGUGGAACGUCUGCCAAGCGCCGAAGAGCCCGUCUUGCAGAAGCCUUACUUAACAGGCGCUGAUAUGGAGACUGAGAAGAAGCUUAUCACUGAACAGAAUCGGGUCGCUCGUGAUGGGCUGGGGGACGUUUUCCAUAUGGACAAACAUUCCAUUGACCUUGAAGAAGUGAUAAUAGGAUGGAGCAGCACCGAGAAGAAAGAUGGCGACUUAAGCCCUGGAAGGGCCAGAGCAGUUGAUGAAAAUGCCCCUCCAACACGAAGAAGAACCAAUUCAGAGUCCUUGAGACUGCACUCCCUAGCGGCAGAAGCACUGGUUACUAUGCCUAGCAGAGCUGCAGAGCUAACCCGGUCGAGCCUCAGGGCCUUCGCCGAGGUCAACUCCUUGGGCUCGGACACAGGCCAACGGCAGGCUGAUGGCAGCUACCCGUCCCAUUCUAAACUGGUCACGUCCCUUAAAGCGGAAGAGUUGCCCAGCCUAAAUCAAACCGACUGCACUUUUGUGGAAAUACAGAAGGAUAAACAGGAGCUGGCUGAAGGCCCCAUGAAGAUGGGCAUUAGCAUGUCACUGCUCACCGUGAUUGAGAAACUGAAAGAGAGGACAGAUCAGAAUGCUUCUGACGACGACAUUCUGAAAGAACUGCAAGACAACGUACAAUGCCAGCCUGCGACGGACGCCGGCGUGCUGGGAAGCAACUUGGUAGAAUACAUCCCCAAUGUAGACCGUCCCUUCCGGUGUCGCUUGUGCCACUACAGCAGUGGCAACAAGGGUUACAUCAAGCAACAUCUACGGGUGCACCGCCAGAGGCAGCCCUACCAGUGUCCAAUUUGCGAGCAUAUCGCGGACAACAGCAAGGAAUUAGAAAGCCACAUGAUCAACCACUGCAAAACCCGAAUGUACCAGUGCAAACAAUGCGAGGAGUCCUUUCAUUACAAGAGUCAGCUGCGAAGCCAUGAGAGGGAGCAGCACAGCCUUCCAGAGAUAUAUUCGACAUCGUCAUCUAACAAACUGAUAACCUGCAGCGAAAUGGAUGAAAGUGUUGGGGAUAGGAUUUCAGUCCAGAAGCUUUACAGAUGCGACACUUGCGACUACACAAGCACAACGUACGUUGGAGUGCGGAAUCACAGACGGAUUCACAGCUCUGACAAACCGUAUCGAUGUCGAGUGUGCGACUUCGCCACGACAAAUAUGAAUAGUUUGAAAUGCCACAUGAGGCAGCAUCCCCAGGAGCAUCAGGCAGUGCAGCUAAUGGAACAGUUCAAGUGUUCCCUAUGUGGAUAUGUGUGUAGCCACCCUCCUUCUCUAAAGUCUCAUAUGUGGAAACAUGCUAGCGACCAAAAUUAUAACUACGAACAAGUGAACAAAGCUAUCAACGAUGCAAUCUCGCAAAGUGGCCGGUCUCCAAGUCAGCUACCUGGGAAGACAGUAGCUGAAGGCCCUGAAGAUAGUUCCGUUCCUUUGACGAGCCAUCCUGAGGUCUCAUCCCCAUCGGACUCCUCCAGCCACACCACAAACAAAACCAUGGCUUCCGAUGACAAUCAGAACCUCACUUCUUCUGCGAAUACUUCGUGUGAUUCAGAAAAAAAUGUGAGUCUGCCCCAUUCUGGUACAGAAUAUUGCAUUCUGCUCUUCUGCUGUUGCAUUUGUGGAUUUGAGUCCACCAACAAAGAGACCUUACUCGACCACAUGAAAGAACAUGAAGGGGAAAUUAUAAACAUAAUCCUGAACAAGGACCACAGCGCAGCACAGAGCGUAAGCUAAACAAAGCUCCCCCUUUUUGAACGUAGCUUCAGGUGCUGUUUCUUCCUGCGUUCAAUAAAUAUUACCUGAAAUCCUUACAAAA